ACUCGUGCGUGGGAAGCGGCUACAAGUUUGCCCCUCGCGCGGGCGGCUGGCGAGAUGGGGCUGAGCCGGGUCCGGGCCGUUUUCUUUGAUCUGGACAACACGCUUAUCGACACGGCCGGGGCGAGUAGGAAAGGCAUGUUGGAGGUGAUAAAGCUCUUACAAUCAAAAUACCAUUACAAAGAAGAGGCUGAAAUUAUCUGUGACAAAGUUCAAGUCAAACUCAGCAAGGAAUGUUUUCAUCCUUCCAGUACAUGCAUUACUGAUCUAAGGACUUCACACUGGGAAGAAGCAAUCCAGGAAACAAAGGGUGGUACAGCCAAUAGGAAAUUGGCUGAAGAAUGUUAUUUCCUGUGGAAAUCUACACGUUUGCAGCAUAUGACGCUAGCAGAAGAUGUCAAAGCCAUGCUCACCGAACUUCGAAAGGAGGUCCGCCUACUUUUACUAACAAAUGGAGACAGACAGACCCAGAGGGAGAAGAUCGAGGCUUGUGCCUGUCAGUCCUAUUUUGACGCUGUUGUUGUAGGGGGAGAGCAGAAAGAAGAGAAACCAGCACCUUCCAUAUUUUAUUACUCCUGUGAUCUCCUUGGAGUACAGCCUGGGGACUGUGUGAUGGUUGGUGACACACUAGAAACCGAUAUACAAGGAGGCAUCAAUGCAGGGCUGAAAGCAACAGUCUGGAUAAAUAAAAAUGGAAUAGUGCCACUGAAGUCAUACCCUGUGCCACAUUAUAUAAUUUCCUCUGUGCUAGAGUUACCUGCUCUCUUACAAAGCAUAGACUGCAAAGUCAAUAUGUCAGCUUAAAGCACAUAAAGGGGCAUGAUUAUAUAUUUUAGGGUCAAAUUGUAGGAUUUGAACUAAGAAAAGUUAAGGCAUUCCAUAUACUAUGACCUAGUUCUAAGAAUAAUUUUACUUUUGAUUUAAUGGCCAACCAACCAUUGACUGGUAUUUAUAUCUGGAAAUCCAGAAUAUAUUGACACAAGUUACUUCGAGUAGUGUAAUCCAGAAAACUUGUGGAAAUAUAUUUGUUAAUCUGUGACUUGAGGUUUUUAAAAAAUUAUUUUAUUAAUCUUUUAGUAUUUUGGAUCCAUGAAGAUACAAAGCAGGAUAGCUUAACAUGUAUGGACAGAUAUAGGUUUAUGUUCUGGCUUAAAAACAGAUAUUUUUAAAAAAAUUAGUAGUCUGAAACAGAUAUAUAAUAGAGAUACAUCAGAACAAUUGGAUCCAGUUAACAUGAAAUAAGUACUAAGUCACAUGCAAAUCAAGGCAUUUCAUAGUGAAAUUAUUUUUUUAUUUUCUUUUUUUAAAACAUACACACCAUAUUUUUGCCUGCUUUGAAUGUUUAGUUCUCUUAUGAAUCUAACUUUUCUGCAUUACCUUUUUUUUGGGGCGGGGGCACUUUUCCUAUGGUGUAUACAUGACAAAUAGAUUCCUCCAGUAAAAAAAAAAAAAAAAAACUUAAAAUCACCAUGUGGUGCUCCUUUUCUAUGACAUUUUUACAUCUUCCAGAGUGAGCUUGUAGGCUCCUCUUAGUCUUUACCUCUUAUGGAAGUAUUUUUACUAUCUUUUCCCAGGUACACAAUACAGUUGAGAGGACCAGAAUGUCUUGCUGGGGAUAAAUGCAAGCCAUAUGGUACAGGUCACUUCCCUUAUGUGGAUACAUCAGAGGGAAUUAGCCUUGGUGCAGCCUAAUCAUGCAGCACCCCCUCUGUUCUCUACUGACUGAAUAGUUUCAACCAGAUGAUGAAAACUAAUAGAAAAUUAGGUUUUGUUAUGAACCAUUCCAGGAUGCCAUUUUAAUACUUGAGUGGCUUUUCUUGGUGUUAACAUCUGCCUUAAGUCUCCUGUUUUUCAAAUUUGGGGAAAUAUAUCAUUGUUUCACAAAUUUCUGUAUCCAAUUCAGGGUUCACUUUAAGCCUACUAAUUAAUGACUCCAUAGCAAGACAUCUUGGAACUAGAAAAAUUUCUCUAGACCAUUAGGCUAGACUGUCUCAUGAGUUCCUUAACAAACUUGGGAGUAAAAUGGUUAA